CGGGCGGAGCCGUAGCUGAGUUGGCGGGGGACUAGCUCCCGGAUGUGGAGAAGCUGGAGCGAAGGCGUAGGAGGAAGAUGGACUCCUUGGAAAAGGGGUCCACCUCUGUCUGCAAUCCACGGGGGCGGUCGUCCCGGGGCCGACCGCCUAAGCUACAGCGCAACUCCCGCGGCGGCCAGGGCCGAUGUGUAGAGAAGCCCCCGCACUUGGCGGCCCUAAUUCUGGCCCGGGGCGGCAGCAAAGGCAUCCCCCUGAAGAACAUUAAGCACCUGGCGGGGGUCCCGCUCAUUGGCUGGGUCCUGCGUGCGGCCCUGGACUCGGGGGUCUUCCAGAGUGUGUGGGUUUCAACAGACCAUGAUGAAAUUGAGAAUGUGGCCAAACAAUUUGGUGCACAAGUUCACCGACGAAGUUCUGAAGCGUCAAAAGACAGUGCUACCUCACUAGAUGCCAUCAUAGAAUUUCUUAAUUAUCACAAUGAGGUUGAUAUCAUAGGAAAUAUUCAAGCUACUUCUCCGUGUUUACAUCCUACGGACCUUCAGAAAGUUGCAGAAAUGAUUCGAGAGGAAGGAUAUGAUUCUGUUUUCUCUGUUGUGAGACGGCAUCAGUUUCGAUGGAGUGAAAUUCAGAAAGGAGUUUGUGAAGUGACUGAGCCUCUGAAUUUGAAUCCAGCUAAACGACCUCGUCGACAAGACUGGGAUGGAGAAUUAUAUGAAAAUGGCUCAUUUUAUUUUGCUAAAAGACAUUUGAUAGAGAUGGGUUACUUACAGGGUGGAAAAAUGGCAUACUACGAAAUGCGCGCUGAACACAGUGUGGAUAUAGAUGUGGAUAUUGAUUGGCCUAUUGCAGAGCAAAGAGUAUUAAGAUAUGGCUAUUUUGGCAAAGAGAAGUUUAAGGAGAUAAAACUUUUGGUAUGCAAUAUUGAUGGAUGUCUCACCAAUGGCCACAUUUAUGUAUCAGGAGACCAAAAAGAAAUAAUAUCUUAUGAUGUAAAAGAUGCUAUUGGGAUAAGUUUAUUAAAGAAAAGUGGUAUUGAGGUGAGAUUCAUCUCAGAAAGGGACUGUUCCCAGGAGACACUCUCUUCCUUACAGCUGGAUUGCAAAAUGGAAGUCAGCGUAUCAGACAAACUGGCCCUUGUAGAUGAGUGGAGAAAAGAAAUGGGCCUGUGCUGGAAAGAAGUGGCAUAUCUUGGAAAUGAAGUGUCUGAUGAAGAGUGCUUGAAGAGAGCAGGCCUAAAUGGUGUUCCUGCUGAUGCCUGUUCUUCGGCUCAGAAGGCUGUUGGAUAUAUUUGCAAAUGUAAUGGUGGCCGAGGUGCCAUCCGAGAGUUUGCAGAGCACAUUUUCCUACUGAUGGAAAAGGUUAAUAAUUCAUGCCAAAAAUAGAAAUUAGUGUAAUGUUGGUAAGAAAGAAUACAGCCUUCUUCAGCCACUUUGCUUUUAUUUUUGAUUGGGUACAAUUCCAUGGUGUAAUGUUGCAGAGGGUGUGAUUUGAUUUGUGAUAGAUCUUAAUAUCUUUUUAAAAAGCAAAAGUCAUCUUAAAUUAUCAUUCCAAAAUCUAUGAAAUAAUUAUGCCAUACUUUAUCUUUAUGCAAGAUAAUUAUUUAGAAAUUGUUCACAGUCUUUCUUAGAUUUUUAGAAAAUACAAGUAAGAAAUCAUCAACAUUGAUUUUGUAUUGUACCCUGGAAAACUGUGUAUUUGUGAGCUUUAAUGAUGGGAUUGUAUUUAUUUGGAGACUGUGUCUGGCAAGAACACCCUUCUGUUAAUUAAUAAAAUUACAUUUCACAAACUUGA